CCAGUACUUUUAUUCUGGUUCUCUAAUACAACCCCAAGAUGUCUCUCGCAACUGAACCCAGCCCUCGAUUGACUGCAUCGAGUGGCCCUCAUCCCUUCGAUCCAGUCACUCCUCGAGAAAUCAGACUAGCGGUUCGAGUUUUGGAAAAUGCCUUCGCUGGUGUCAAACUUCGCUACAAUCGGAUCGAUAUUCACGAACCCAUCAAGCAUGAGGUUGUCCCAUACAUUGAAGCCGAACGUCUAGGACAGCCCUUACCGCGCAAGCCCACCCGCCUCCUAUACUCAUACUUUCAUCGCCUCGAUACUCUUGAAUGUUGCAAGGCGCUCAUCAAUGCUGACACCGCGUCAAUUGUCUCGACGAAAGUGCUCCCCAAGACCGUUCAGCCUCCCGUCGAUAUCGAUGAACUUGCUGUGAUUGAAGAAGUCUGCAUGAAGCACCCGGCUGUGCAGGCAGAGAUCGCGAAGCUUAACUUGCCCCCGGGAAUGGCUGUGUGCAAUGAUCCAUGGAUGUACGGCACUGAGAACCAGACUGAGACACGUCGGAUGUUUCAAUGUUUCAUGUACAUGAUGGAAGUCGACCACCCUCAGAAUAACCACUACUCCCUGCCAUGCAAAUUCUCUCCCGUCUUCGACGCCUUUACCCACGAAUUGAUCCGCAUGGACUAUCUACCAGGAGGCGAUGAUCAUUCAUUUACUGAGACUCAGGCUUGGAAGCCUGUCAAGGCUGUGCAAUAUGCGCACGAUCUCCUUGAUGAGCCUGUUCGCACGGAUCUCAGACCUUACAUUGUCCAGCAACCAGAAGGUCCCUCUUUCAACGUGGUCGGCAACUUUGUUUACUGGCAAAAGUGGCGUUUCAGGGUCGGCUUCAACAACCGGGAGGGUAUGGUUCUGUACAAUGUCACAUAUGACAAUCGCAGUGUUUUCUACCGUCUCUCGGUCUCGGAGAUGACGGUGCCCUAUGGAGACCCUCGCGCCCCUUAUCACCGCAAGCAGGCCUUUGAUGUUGGCGAUGUUGGUUUCGGUCUCAACGCCAAUCAGCUCUCGCUCGGCUGUGACUGCUUGGGCCACAUCAAAUACUUUGAUGGCUACCGAGCCGACUCCAAAGGCAAUCCAGUCCUGUUGAAGAACAUUAUCUGCAUGCACGAACAGGACAACGGUAUUCAACAUAAGCACACCAACUACAGAACUAAUGCGGCAACAGUUGUCCGCAAUCGUCAGCUUGUUAUACAGAUGAUCUGCACUGUUGCUAACUAUGAAUACAUCUUCGCCUAUAUAUUCGAUCAGGCGGCCAACGUCGAACUUGAAGUCCGUGCUACUGGCAUUCUGUCUACGGUACCGUUUGAUAACGAAGACGGCAAGACUGUCAGAUGGGGUACGAAUGUUGGCCCUGGUGUUAUGGCUCCCUACCAUCAACAUAUGUUCUCGUUCCGGGUUGAUCCCGCCCUCGACGGCUUUAAGAAUACUGUCUACUAUGAGGACAGUGUCCCCUUACCCGAGGAUGACCAGAACCCCUAUUUUGUGGGAUACACUACUCAGCAAACUGUCAUCAGCAGGUCCAGCGCCGCAGAUCUUGAUAUCAGCCGAAGCCGAGUUUAUAAAAUUCGCAAUGACAGCAGUAUCAACCCUAUCACUUACAAGCCCGUGGGAUACAAGCUCCACGCCGCACCCAGCCAAAUGCUGAUUCAAGGCAAGAACUCGAUCGGACAUCAACGGGCUGAAUUUGCUACACGGCCCAUUUGGGUCACAAAGUACCGGGACGAGGAGCUUUACGCGGCAGGCGAGUUCACGAACCAAAGCCACCGCGCAGACGGCGUCGAGACAUGGGUCAAGAGAAACGAUCCAACCGAGGAUGAGGACGUGGUUCUCUGGCACACAUUCGGACUGACCCACAACCCCCGCAUUGAGGACUUCCCCGUCAUGCCCAUGGAACGUAUCAGCGUCAUGCUGCGUCCCGACGGCUUCUUCACUAAGAACCCCGCCGUCGAUGUGCCGCAGUCAUCUCAGGCCUUCAACAAGUCAACUCUUCACCCGGAAGCAGCGGCCGCGGCGUCUUGCUGCUCGGGCGCGGGAGGCAGCAAGGCGAAGCUGUAUAAACGACUAGACUGAAAGAUGUCCCGCGAGCAUGGAGGAUGGCCCUUUUGAUCUAGACUUUCGCCUUCGUUGGCGAAAGCAUUGUAUGAUUCAUGACUACACAUACCGCCACCUGACGUUUCGAGCAAUGUAAAUAAGAGUUUCGUUUCCUAAAUGUUACAACUAAGCCUUCGACGCUU